AUGACCAUCGGCGCCCCCAAGGACCCUGCCAGGGUCGCUGCCGCUCCCAGGGACUCUCCCAGGGAAAGCCACACUCUAAGCAUCCCUCCCAACGACAGUGGCGCCCCCAGGGGCCCACCCAGGGUCAACGGAGCUCCCAGGGUCCUUCCCAGCAACAGCUGCACCCCCAAGGACCCCGCCAAGGUCGCUGGCGCCCCCAGGAGCUCUCCCAGGGCCAGCCAAACUCUUAGCCGUUCUCCCAGGGACGACAGCGCCCCCAGGCGCCCUACCAGGGCAUUGGCGCCCCCCCAAGAAUCUCCCAUUGACAGUGGCGCGAUGAGUGGCCCUCCCAGGGACUUUGGCGCACUCAAGGGACCCCUCAAGGGAGGUGGCGCCCCCAGGUGCAAUGCCAUGGACGGCGGCGCCCCCAGGGGCUCACCCAGGGCCAGCAGAGCUCCCAGUGGCCUUCCCAGCAACAGCGGCACCCCCAAGGACUCCGCCAGGAUCGCUGGCGCUCCCACGAGCUCUCCCAGGGACAGACACGCUCCCAGCCGUUCUCUCAGGGACGAUGGCGCCCCCAGGGACCCUCCGAGGGACGGCAGCGCCUCAGGGGCCCUACCAGGGCACUGGCGCCCCCUGAGGAUCUUCCAGGGACAGCAGGGCGAUCAGGGGCCCUCCCAGGGACAUUGGCGCACUCAGGGGCCCCUCAAGGGCGGUGGUGCCCCCAGGUGCAAUGCCAUGGACGGCAGCGCCCCCAGGGGCUCUGUCAGGGGCGCUGGCACUGCCAGGGGCUCUCUCAAGGCCAAGAGCACUUCCAGGGACCCUCUAACGGACGGCGACGCACCCAAGGCCUCUACCAGGAACAGCCACACUCUAAGGGGCCCUGCCGGGUGUGGUAAUGCCUCCAUGGGCCCUUCAUGA